GUGUGAAGGAGGGGCGCGCGGCGGGGCCGCCCUGAGGGCGGGCGGGCGGGAGCAGCCCUCACGGCGGCCGCCCUUCUCCCGCGGAGCCUGGUGGGGCCGGGCCGGGCGCGCUUCCCCCCCGCUCCGACAGCCGCCAGCUGCCGCGGCGGCAUGAGGAUUAAGGCCGUCGGUGAGCGCGUCACGGGAGGAGCCACUGGGCUCCCCGGGGCUGAGCUGAGGUUUGUACUUGAGAAAUCUGGAGCAGCUCUUCUCAAACCAAACAGUACAGAGCUCAUAGGUUGCCAUGUUCAUGUUGCUUGUAUUUGGAUUGCUACUGCAAGAAGUUCUGGCUAAUUCCCAAGCUGAAAAUGUCACUGAAAUAAAACCCAUUCCAGAAGAGCCAUUAUAUAGCUACAAAGCCGUCAACUUGCCAGAAGAGCAUAUUCCAUACUUUCUGCACAAUAAUCAGCAUAUUGCUGGCAUCUGUAGGCAGGAUUCUCUUUGCCCAUAUAAGAAAUAUUUGAAGAAGCUAAAAUCUUGCUGGGGUUAUGAGAAAUCGUGCAAACCAGAUUCCAGGUUCAGUUACCCGGUCUGUGAUUAUGUGGAAACUGGAUGGGCAAGUGACAUUGAGACAGCCCAACAGAUAUUCUGGAAACAAGCUGACUUUGGUUACGUUCGAGAGAGGCUCAAUGAAAUGAAAACCCAUUGUAAGCCUGCAGCAACAGGAGAUUCAUCUCUGACCUGUUCUCAAUACCUUCAGCAUUGCAGAGCGACAAACUUGUACAUCGAUUUACGGACAGUGAAAAGAAACCACGACAGAUUCAAAGAAGACUUUUUCCAGAAGGGGGAAAUCGGAGGUCACUGCACUCUGGACGUUCAGACGUUUCUGGCUGAAGGUCAGCGCAAGAGCCCCCUGCAGUCUUGGUUUGCAGAACUCCAGACAUUUACUGCAUUAGACUUCAGGCCUCUAGAAGAUGGGAAGUGUGACGUUGUUAUUGAGAAGCCAACAUACUUCAUGAAAUUAGAUGCAGGUGUUAACAUGUACCAUCACUUCUGUGAUUUCGUCAAUCUGUACAUUACACAGCAUAUCAAUAAUUCCUUCAGCACUGAUGUCAACAUAGUCAUGUGGGACACUAGCUCCUAUGGCUACGGUGACCUGUUCAGUGAGACAUGGAAGGCGUUUACUGACCAUGAGAUAAUACACUUGAAAACCUUUGACUCUAAAAGGGUGUGCUUUAAAGAAGCAGUUUUCUCAUUACUGCCUCGAAUGCGAUAUGGCUUGUUUUAUAACACACCAUUGAUCUCUGGCUGCCAUGGUACAGGGCUAUUCAGAGCAUUUUCUCAGCAUGUGUUACACAGAUUAAAUAUCACACAAGAAGGACCUAAGGAUGGGAAAAUUCGAGUCACAAUACUUGCCCGCAGUACAGAUUACCGGAAAAUACUAAACCAGAAUGAGCUUGUGAAUGCUUUGAAAACGGUAUCGACGUUGGAGGUCAAAGUGGUCGACUACAAGUACAAGGAACUUGAGUUUUCAGAGCAGUUGAGAAUUACCCACAACUCUGAUAUAUUCAUUGGGAUGCACGGAGCUGGACUUACCCAUUUGCUCUUUCUGCCAGACUGGGCUGUUGUUUUUGAACUAUACAAUUGUGAAGAUGAACGUUGUUACCUGGAUUUGGCAAGGCUGAGAGGCAUUCAUUACAUUACCUGGCGAAAAAGGAAUAAAGUAUUCCCUCAGGAUCAGGGACACCAUCCAACGCUGGGAGAACAUCCAAAAUUUACCAACUACUCCUUUGAUGUGGAAGAAUUUAUGUACUUGGUGCUUCUGGCUACAAAUCAUGUUUCACAGCAUUCCAAGUGGCCAUUUAGGGUAAAACAUGAUGAAUUCUAAAUUAGACUUCUGACUGAAAUAGUAUUUUUAAGUAAUGCUCCAUAAAAAUCUUGUACCAACAUAAAGCAAAAUGCUGGUGUGAAACACGUAAACCUCUACGAGGGAAAGAACCCAUCAUUAACUUAUCCAGCCACUUCCUGGCACCAUACCUUCUCUUUACAAUCCCUCCCUUUAAUUCUGGGAGGUUUUGAUAUGUAAACACUAUUUUUCAGACCUCUUUUGGGUUUCUGUGCUGUAUUUUUACGUUCUGAAUUGGGACAUGCUCGUCUUUGUGUACAAGUCCAUCCAUUUCACUGAAUGUUUUCUGGAGCAGACACUAAUCUUGUAAUAGUUUAUACCUUCUCUUAUGUGAGGAAAUCCUAGAAGCUGGAGAGGGUUACAGCUUAAUUUCUCACUGGGAGUGAACUAAGCCUGUCAGAGCUCCUCAGUUCCUCUUUUGAAGAAGCUGAGUGCUUUGAUAUAUAGCCCUGUAUCUGUAAGUAACAUUCUGCAUAGGGAUUGCCUUUCUGUAGUAAGACACUGCCCAGUAUGUCUUUUGCAGCCAACUUAUGUGGUGCGAUGGUUCCAGAAUGGCUGGUUAGUUCCUUUCCAUCACUAUCCACAUCAUUUCUGUGCUUGUCCCCGUAUUGUUUCUAGGGGUGAAGAUCUUCCUUUGUGUAAUAGCAGUUGUCAGAAAGAAGUGGUUAAGAAAGCUUUAACUCCUCUUGUUUGGUCCGGCUGAGUACAGAGUAUAUUUCAUGUUAAGAAACAUUUUUUUCAAGUUAGAAAGCAGCAUGUCUUGUGUUUUUGGAUUUAAAUAUAAACUUCUGACUCUCUCCCUCUAGUUUGAAAUGCUAAAAUAGAUAAAGUCUGCUCAGUAGGUUUAGUCAGUCUUCUAUCUCAUGGCACAUAAAUCUUGUCCGAAGUGCAUACUUAAACCAUCAGGUAAUCUGAGUGUUUCAACUUUUUCACAUAAACAUGACUCUAAUGGAAAAAUGAGCAAACUAGAAUCCAACUUGAGUCUUUUUUGAGGAUGCUAAAGGGAAUGGACUUACAGUUUUUUGACAAAUGACCUGCACAGUGUGCUUUUCAACUGCAGCUGAAAGGAAGUGAAGUCAUGAGGAACCUCGUUCCUGCAGUCAUUAAAAGCCUCAUCUAUUCAUAUUCUUGUUUUCUCAAUGUCAGAGAGUCUAGAAAACUUGGGAAAAUCCUUUCAAAGCCAGUAGCAUAGUUCCCUGUGUCUAGUAAAGGAAAUAGUAAGCCAAAGCCAAAUUCUUAUGAAAUUCCCUUCAGGGUUGACAUGUUGAUGGAGAGAAAAAGGGAGCAGUUCUGUUGUCUUAAGUGGGGCCAGAAGGAAGAGUCGAGUUCAGGGCAAUAAAAAACCCAGAGUUCUGUGUUAAAUUAUGGAUCUUUUUAAAGAACAUAUUCCCAUGAUGGAGUUGCAGUGUAAUCAUACAGCCUCAGUGGCCUGAAGCACAGCAUACACUUGUAUGCAAAAGCCAAACAGUUCCAGUAAAUGUAAACAUUCCAGUGGUGUAACUGUAGGUGUUACUGACUUCCAUGCUCUGACAGUCACAGGCAAUUUCCCAGGGUGUGGAUCCAUUUACUGACCUGCCUGUAGUGGUCAGGAUGAGUUACUGUGAGCAUAAUUCCCACAUAGCUCUCUCACAACCAUAAGCAGUGCAUGGGAAAGCGGGACAGAGGUGCUACACGACAUGUGUGAGGUGUCUGCUGCACUUCUUACUGAGACAUAAAACUCCUUUACUUUAAAGAACCAUAGAAGCAAAAUUGCACUUCUUGACCUAAAGAAAAAAACCCUUGAGAAAUACAAUUUCCUGUAUUUGAGGGGAAAGGGGAUGUGUGUGUGGGUUUUUUUUCACCCUGUGGGAUGUUUAAAGAAAUGAGUAAAAUGUCUGAGUUCGAGUGAAACCAACUCAAAAUAAAGAUGACAUUUAACUAUGA